AUGACGACUCAAGAGGAUCUUCAGAGUCUUAUGUCGAUCGUGCCGAAUCUUCAGUUGCAAGAAGGAACUCCAUACUACGAAGUAUUGCUGAAAAUGAUCGAAGAAAUCGGAAAAGAUAUCCGACCGACGUACACGUUCAAUAAGAUGACGUGCGAGAAGUUGAAGAGACACAUCCAGUGUGCAAAAGUUCUCAUCAAAGCGUGCCAACAAGAAGCCGAAAACGACAAAAAGAAGGCCGACAUUGCGAUCGAAGCGCAACGGAUUCAGGCCGCCGCCGCCGCCAAAUCAGAAGCCGCCAAGUCGACGGACGGUGCCGAGGAGACGCCAAAAAAUUGA